AUGGAGCUAGCAGCAGUCAUAAUAUUUGUUCUUCUGUUUUCAUUUCUACACUUUGACAAAAUCCAUGCUGUUGAAUUAGACACCAUUUCAAAUUCAAAGUCCUUGACAGAUGGAGACACUUUGGUUUCUGCCACUGGAAUUUUCGAGCUCGGAUUUUUCCAGCCAGGUAACCCGGGGGACAGAUAUCUUGGUAUUUGGUACAAGAAAAUCGCUGUUAGAACCGUGGUUUGGGUUGCCAACAGAGACCACCCGCUAACGGAUGGAUCAUCAAAUGUGUUAAAAAUAACUGAUCCAGGAAUUCUAGUCCUUUUGGAUAAUAACACCAUGAUUUGGUCAUCCAACACAACUACGACAUCAAAGAGUGCAACUGCAAAGCUUCACGACAGCGGAAAUUUAGUCUUGAUGGACCUAGAUGAGAAGGUUUUAUGGCAGAGUUUUGAUUAUCCAACUGAUACGUUUUUACCCGGAAUGAAGCUAGGGAGAAACUUGUUGACAGGCUUGGACUGGCAUCUUUCAUCAUGGAAAAGUAACCAAGAUCCAGCUCCAGGUGGACUCACGUGGGGCACCGUCUCACGUGGUUAUCCUGAAAACAAAUUAAGACAAGGUUCAGUGAUUAGAUUCAGAGGCGGAGCAUGGAGUAAUCAAAGGUUUACUGGUGUUUCUCAGUUUAACAAAAGCUUAACUUUUGUAUACAAUGUAGUUAUUAAUAAAAGUGAGGUGUCUUUUAGUUAUAUUCUUGAAAAUAGUUCUAUCUUAUCUAGGACAGUCUUGAAUUCAUCUGGCCAGAUAGAAAACUCGGUAUGGGUAGAAGAAGGUAAAAAGUGGCAGCUUAGCUUGACAUUACCAAGAGAUUUAUGUGAUACAUAUAACAUUUGUGGCGCGUAUGGGAGUUGCAGCGUUGAUACGAUCACACAGUCUUGUGCUUGCUUGGACGAGAAAAGAUUUGUGCCACGAGAUGAAAAGCGUUGGAAUACUGCUGAUUGGUCAGGAGGUUGUGUUAGGAGAACGUCGUUGGAUUGCGUAAAAGGAUCAGAAGGGUUUAUCAAGUACUCUAAUGUGAAAUUGCCAGAUACAGAGAAUACAUGGUUUAACAUGACCAUGAAUCUGAAAGAAUGUGAAGCAAAAUGCUUAAGCAAUUGUAGUUGUAUGGCUUAUGCAAAUCCAGAUUCCAGUUCUGUAGGAAGAGGUUGUUUGAUAUGGUUCGAUGACCUUAUAGACAUUCGGGUGUAUUCUGGAGGCAUUGGUGGUCAGGAUAUCUUUGUAAGAAUGGCUUCCUCUGACUUAGUUGUUCAAUCGGCUUUCAAAAAGAAAGGAGGAGCAAAGACUAAAAUCAUCUUACCGGUAAUCCUUUCGGUGGUUCUUCUCAUUGGCUUCAUCUCUGCAUGGUUGUGGCGUGCAAGGAAAAGAAGGAAUCGUGCGGAACAAUUGAAAGGAGGGGGGUCAUUGCAUGUUUCCGAAAGCCAUGAUGAAGACAUUCAAUUACCAUUGUUUAGCUUUUCUACUAUAACUACUGCCACUGACAACUUUUCAACAAACAAUAUACUUGGAGAGGGUGGAUUUGGACCUGUGUAUAAGGGCACGUUAGAAGAAGGGCUUGAGAUUGCUGUAAAGCGUCUCUCAAGGACUUCCAACCAAGGAGUUACUGAGUUCAAGAAUGAAGUCCUUAUGGUUUCAAAACUUCAGCAUCGAAAUCUUGUGAAGCUUCUUGGUUGUUGCAUAGAAGAAGCAGACGAGAGAUUGCUAAUCUAUGAAUACAUGCCGAAUAAAAGCUUAGACUCUUUUAUAUUUGAUAAAACACAAAGCAUGACUCUUGAUUGGCCAAAGCGGUUCAACAUCAUUAAAGGAAUUGCGAGAGGACUUCUUUAUCUCCAUCAUGAUUCUCGACUAAGAAUCAUUCAUAGAGAUCUUAAGGCUAGCAACAUCCUACUAGAUCGGGAAAUGAACCCUAAGAUAUCAGAUUUUGGCAUAGCUAGAAGUUUUGGAGGAAACGAGACUGAAGCAAAUACACACAGAGUUGUUGGCACAUAGUAAAUCAUCACAACUAUCUAUUUGUUCUGUUUUCUUAAUUCAUU